AACUGUCAAAGUAGUGAGUGUUGUAUUCAUGUUAUAUUACUUGUAUUUAUUUUUCAUCCAGCGUAGAUUGUUUGCCUGCUUAUCUUUAAAUCUGUCAACAGAUAUUAAACAAAAAAAGUACUGCCUCCUUCCGUUUCUUUAUGUGAAAGCGUAAUUCUUGGUUAUUAUUCGCUAGUGUACUAAACCCACCAUGGCCCUAACAAACGUAGUGCUGGUGAGCCAAAUCGCAGGAUAUUUCGUCGGGUUGAUCCUGUCCCUGUGCAUCAUGGUGCCGAUGAGCAUGCACGUUCACGAGUUCAGAGGUCAUUGCCUGCUCUUCUCUGGAGGUGAAUGGCAAGAGACAGACGGGCAGUUCAACGUCCAGUGGGCCUCCAUGGCAUACUGUAACUAUGUCAUCGCCAUUGGAGUGCUCUUGUUUGUUGUGUGUCUGGUGCAGAUAUACAGAUUAUCCAUGCUGCUGUACCGUGAUAAGGACAGCUCGUUCUUCUCGGCCUUCCUGGAGGCUACCGGCUGUGCGCUGCUCUGCGCAUUGGUCAUCUGUGCCGCUGUCACCGUCACGCUGGGAUUCAUGACCUGGUGCCGCAACAUCACUGACCGCUUCCCCAGUUGUGACGUCGCGGCCGGGCAGGACAUUGAUAAAAAGGACAACAUAUCCACGAACAAUUUUUACAUGGAGAUUGGAACUGCACAGUUCGGCGCGUGGGGCGCGUUCGCGACGUGCGUGGGCCUCGCCGUGUUCUCCACGCUGAAGCUGUGCCGCUACCACCAGCUCGAGAACAUCCGCGUGUCCAUGUACCGCGAGCGACAGCGCCUCGUCAACGAGUCCCCGGCCACCAGCACACCGCCCAUGGAGGCGAGGAGGGCGCAUCAGAGCAGUCCGCAAGAUAUUGACGACGAGCGCUAGGGUAAAUAAUUAAGGACAGCUAAACAAAAUAACCUAAGCCCCCCCCCCCCCACACAUCUAGCGUCUUUCGAGAGUCGGCGUCUGGUCACCGCUAUGGAAAAUGACGUCGCUGCGCAGUUGCGUCGACGUUGCGUCGAGCAGCGGCCAUAGAGUUGUCGACGCCGACGCUCGAAAGACGCUAGAUGUGGAGGGGCCCUAAGGGGUAUAAUUUUCAAGCGUUUUGGUUCUAAAAACAAACAAUCAAUUUACGAAAAUUUAUAGCAGCAUGAAAGUGUUUCUUGUGAGUCCUAAUAAUUAUUUGUAUGGAUUACAGAAUUUGGAACAUAUUGGGGCGUUCUUUAGGCCAAAUGGAAAUAACUAGAACCCAUAAUGCCCUGUAAUAUUAUCACUACCACUAGCUACAACAUCCAUCCGUCUGUUGAGGAGGUCCACAUGGGUAUAAGCCCCGUUAAUGAACAUUAUUAAAUAUUAAUACAACUAAAUUUAAACUGAACUAUAAUUUUUAUGUGGUGAGUUCUCUGAGAAUCUAUAUGUAUACCUAUUGGCAAUUUUUAAGUAGUUAUUAUUAAAGCAAUAAUAUUUUAAGUUUGUUUAAAUUGUAUUUUUUGAGAGGUAGAUUAUCUAUUAUUAAAACAAACCAAUCCAUUUAGAUCUCAUAUAUAUUCAUAUUAGACAAUUUAGACAUAUUCAACAUCAAAGGGGUGCAGUGUCGUUGACCUGAUUUCAAUAAACAUUCGUAAACAUAUUGCGUUUUGACUACACUCUAAAAUGUUCCCAAUACGUACGAAUUAAUGUAGUUCGUGAAAUUAUGUCUUUAAAAAGUUCAUUGCGUUCAUUCAGAGCAAUCGAGAAAGUAUUAUGUUAGACAAUAAAUUUAAAUAAGCAGGCUCUUCGAGAUUAUGCUGUGAUCUUCCAUGAUUUUCUAAUAAAUUAUCUAUGACAUACUAUACAUCCUAUACCAGGCCAAGUCCGUGUUAAAACAAUUUCUUAGGUUUUGUAAAUAAUGUGGCGAUUUCUUGCAUUUGUCGCGAUAACAUAAAAACAAGCCCAAAACCUAAAAACAAUUUUAACAUUUUGGAAACUGUACCAUCCUUUACUUUGUUAUGAGUUUAUACGUUAGUUAAAAUAUUGAUUUAAAAGUCAUAAAUAUAUUUUAUUUAAUACUAGUAUAUCGUAAGCUAAUGUGAUAAAUAUAAAUGUUAGUUAUAAGUUUAUGUACAAAACAUGCAUUGAUUCAUUAUAUUUUGUAUCAGUUUGAUUUAUUUA